AUGCAUUUCGGUGAAAAAGGUCCCUUGUUUCUUGUUUGUGUUCUUGUUUUGUUGAAAGGCAUUCGUGGUGCAUGGAAUGAGGAGCCAGGGUCUUUGAUCUUGGGUUGCGGAUUGGAUGAAGGUGCUGAAGAUGCUGACGGAAGAAGAUGGAGUUCUGAUAAAAAGUUCUUGGGGACAGAAGGUGAUUCAAUCACAUCCAAAGCCUCUUUCCAAGACCCUUCUCUUACGUCUGAGAUUCCAUACAUGUCAGCACGCAUUAUAAAAUCUGAGACAACAUACAAAUUCCCCGUUAAACCUGACAAGCGUUAUUGGCUCAGGCUCCAUUUUUACCCCUCUAUUUAUGCCAGUUUUGAUACCUAUAACUCAUAUUUCUCCGUGGAUGCAAAUGGGGUUACCCUCCUCACCAAUUUCAGCGCCUCAGUGACUUGUGAGGCCCUAUCACUAGCUUACAUUGAUAGAGAGUAUUCCCUUGCUCCUUUGAAUUCAGAUACCUUGACUCUCACUUUCAGGCCUUCUGAUAAAUACAACGGUGCAUUCGCUUUUGUUAAUGGCAUUCAGCUUAUCCAAAUGCCCGAUUUGUUUGAUUCUGCAACAAUGAUAGGGUUUGAUGGCCAAACCAUAGAUAUGACAAACUUGAAUUUUCAGACCAUGUUUAGAUUAAAUGUUGGGGGGCAGUUCAUAUCUCCAGUCCAAGAUUCUGGCCUCACAAGGAUGUGGUAUGAUGAUACACCUUAUAUUUAUGGGGCAGCCACUGGUGUGACGAACAAAGCUGAGAAGAAUGUGACAAUCAACUAUCAGGGCAUGCCAGAGUAUAUUGCUCCUGUUGAUGUCUACUCCACAUCUAGAUCAAUGGGGGGAGAUAAAGAUCUCACCAUGGGCUACAAUCUCACUUGGAUGUUCCAUGUUGAUACUGAUUCCAUGUACCUUGUAAGGUUGCAUUUCUGUGAUUACUACUUCUCCAAGAUCAAUGAGAUUGUGUUCAAAAUCUUUGUGAACAACCAAACAGCACAAGAUCUAGCCGAUGUGAUUGGGUGGACAGGAGGCGUAGGAGUGCCAACUUAUAAGGACUACGUGAUAAAUGUUGAAGGUGGAAAGAGUAAUGAGUUGCUGUGGCUCGCACUGCACCCCGACCCUGAGACAAAGCCUGAGUUCUACGAUGCCAUACUCAAUGGAGUAGAGAUAUUCAAGAUCAACGAGACAGACUUAUCUGCUCCCAAUCCUCUGAUUUCAGACAUGCUCCUCAAACAGCACCAGGAGGAGGAAGCGGGUUUCUUCGUCCACAAAACAAGUCAUCAUUCUGUUAUCGGUGGAGCUGCAGGAGGUGCUGCUGGUCUUGCUUUUAUGGCUGUGUUAUGUGUUGCUGUGUACAACAAGAAGAAGAAAGAACCAGGGUCAGAGGGUCAAACUGGCUGGCUUCCCAUGUAUUCGACCUCAAGCUGUAGCAAAUCCAGCAAGUCUGGAAAGAGCGUGUGCAGUUCAACCUUAUCUGCCAUGUCUCAAGGUCUUUGCCGCUAUUUCUCCUUGCAAGAGAUAACGCAAGCAACCAAGAAUUUUGAUGAGUCUAACGUCAUUGGGGUUGGUGGAUUUGGAAAGGUUUACAAGGGUGUCAUUGAUAAUGGAGUGAAGGUGGCAAUCAAGAGGUCCAACCCACAGUCAGAACAAGGAGUUAAUGAAUUCCAAACGGAAAUUGAGAUGCUUUCCAAGCUGAGACACAAGCAUUUGGUGUCCUUGAUUGGUUUCUGCGAGGAACAUAAUGAGAUGUGCUUGGUUUAUGACUACAUGGCUCUUGGCACCAUGAGGGAGCAUCUUUACAAGGGCAACAAACCUAUCUCUACUCUGUCAUGGAAGCAAAGGUUGGAGAUUUGCAUUGGAGCUGCAAAAGGGCUUCACUACCUUCACACCGGGGCGAAGUACACCAUCAUUCACAGAGAUGUCAAAACAACAAACAUUCUCUUGGAUGAAAACUGGAAUGCCAAGGUUUCAGAUUUUGGCUUGUCAAAAACUGGUCCAAAUAUGAACAAUGGUCAUGUUAGCACUGUGGUGAAGGGUAGUUUUGGCUACUUGGACCCUGAAUACUUCAGGAGGCAACAGUUGACUGAAAAAUCUGAUGUUUACUCAUUUGGGGUUGUUCUGUUUGAAGCCCUGUGUGCCAGGCCUGUUCUCAAUCCUAACCUUCCAAAGGAACAGGUUAGUCUUGCUGAAUGGGCAUUGAUUUGCAAGAAAAAAGGAACUCUGGAGGAUAUCAUUGAUCCUAGUAUCAAGGGAAAAAUCAAUCCAGAAAGCUUGAAGAAGUUUGUAGACACGGCUGAGAAGUGUUUGUCCGAUCAUGGAGCUGCUCGUCCCUCCAUGAAUGAUCUAUUGUGGAAUCUUGAAUUUGCUCUCAAUUUGCAAGAAAAUGUCAAUGAUGCGGGUGGUUCAACUCAUUCUGCCCCUGCUGAGAAAAGUGAGUUCGAAGAUAUAAUCUUGAGAGAAAACGACAUAGCACGCCACUAUAGAAACCUGAGCCUUGGAAGUGAUAUUGACAUUACCAACGAUUUGAAAGACAAUGAGCAAGACUUCUCACAACUUGUCAGUCCGAAAGGCCGAUGAGAAGCAGUGUGAUCCGUGUAUACAUAUUCUUGUGUUGCUGUAGAGGAAACAAUUUCGAGCAUUCAUAGAAUUCAAGCAGACCAAACCGGUUAUCCUGAAGUAUUCGUGGGGCUUCUACUUUCUACUCUUUCCUCCCCGCUAUCAUGAUUCUUUUUAUAUUUAUCAACAUGAAUUAUUUUAUACCCUUGUUGUCACCUUGUACGGACAAGCACUCGAAUUACUUGUUGCCUGUCAUAUAUUAUUGAGACUCUGAUUCUUUACUAGCAUUGUACAAAACCACACCAAUCCUUUUCUAGCCUUUCAUCACUAUUUUGUUUUUGUUUGUCAAGUUCGAGUUUAUUUUAUAGUGCGUGAGAAAAUGCUGCCCAAAAUAUAGAAAGAGAUGUUGGU